UUCACGGUUUAGAUUCAAUGUUAAUAAAGCCAUACGAUCAUUAUAAUAGUAUUCAACUUAGGCUAGUUCAGUGUGAGACGGGCUACAGUAAAACUUUGAUACUCUGGCAAUGUGUGAUUGUUCAUAUGCAGGCACCAAUAAACUGUACAGGUUGCAUACAUGUAACCGAAAGUAAAUUGUAAUCCAACUUAGAUAGGCCAUGACCCAAACAUUAGACCGAACUAAUGUCCUAACUGACUGGCUGUUGAACAAAUAAGACACUAUUGAACAGCUAUUCAAAUUCAACAAACGUAAAUUCAUUAAUCAGAAGUUUUGGUCGUUCAAUCCAUCUGUCUCUCUUUUUGUUUUGUUUUUUGUUUUUUUUUUUUGUUUUGUUUUUUUUUUACCUCUUGCAGGUUGUGACCUUCCACAGUGGGUCCCAAGAAUUGGACGGUUCAAUUUGAGUUUCAUUAUGCCACGUGUACACCUGAUUAUAUGGCAGACUUGUAGCAAAUAAAAUGUCCUAUCUUCCUUUGGAAAUACAAUAACAAGCUCUAAAGAAAGUGCGCAUGCGUGGCAUGUUGCUCUAGUACUUAUCAUGAUUUCCACUAACCCAUUAUUUAAAACUAGAAAAUAAAGCCCACUUAAAAGCAACGGCCGUUAUUGGUUCUCAACAACUAUAAGAGAUCAUCAAAACUAGCUAAACCAAGCACUGUAUUGAAGGCAAUGGUAACCAUGAAAGACUGCGGUUUAUAUGCAGCUAUGAUUUUCGUUCAGCUCGCUUAUGGUGGAUCGAGCAUACUCAGCAAGCUGGCCCUACAGAAGGGACUGAGUUCCCUGGUGUUUAUAGUCUAUAGACACAUUAUCGCCAUGCUCAUUUUCGGUCCUUUUGCAUAUUUCGUAGAGAGAAAACAACGUCCACCUCUUUCAGUUCCAAUUCUCUUGAAAAUCUUCUUUCUUGCUUCGCUUGGGAUCACAAUCCAUCUCAAUCUCUUCUAUUUGGGCCUCGACUACAGUUCAGCCACCGUGGCGGGUGCUCUAAGUAACGUCAUUCCAGGUUUAACAUUUCUUUUGGCAGUUCUACUCAGAAUGGAAAAGCUGCAAAUGAGAAGUGUCAGAGGACGGGUUAAGCUCUUUGGCACGUUAACAUGCAUUGGUGGUGCCCUAAUUUUUACAUUGUGGAAGGGCUACUUAUUCAAGGGCUUUGUUAGAAGCCCUCUAAUCAAUAUUCAUGGUAAAGAUUUUAAUGGUGGGCCACGGCACAUUAAAGAUAAUUGGAUCAAAGGCUCGGCUCUGAUUCUAACAAGCAAUGUUGCAUUUAGUGGAUGGCUUAUUCUCCAGGCCAAGGUUUAUGAGGUUUAUCCUGCAAGACUAUCAAUCAAUACUCUAAUGUGUUUCUUCGCAUCUUUGCAAUGUUCUGUGGUUGCAAUUGCUUUCGAUAGGAAAACUGCAUCCUGGAGAUUAGACUGGAAUGUGCAGCUCCUAGCAAUAGUCUAUUGUGGGAUUGUAAUCUCUGCACUUGUAUAUUACCUACAUACAUGGUGUAUCAGUGAGAAGGGACCCGUUUUCAACGCAAUGUUUUCGCCAUUGCUUCUUGUUGUGGUGGGGAUUUUCUCAGCCCUUGUUUUCGCAGAGCGUCUACACUUAGGCAGUGUGAUCGGUGCAUUCCUCAUCAUCGUCGGUCUCUACUGCGUAUUAUGGGGCAAGAGAGAGGAUGUCGUUGCAUCCCAGAUGGAAGGAAAACAAGGGAAAGAUAGAAGUCCGACUAAUCAAAUUUCCAUGGAAAAUCUUUCUAAUCAAAUCUCAGCCAAUGAAGAACAUGUAAUUGUCCCAGUUAUGCAAGCGAAAAGUGGCCAUGUUUAGACUGUAUAAUUGGUGCAUUUGGCAGAGCUGGAGCCAUUUGGUGCAUCAAGCAAAAUGUCAAUGAUAGAGGUGCCAAACACUCUUUCACAGCGAUAGGGCCCAAUAUGAGAAUGAACUGAUUACAAGAUGGACACAUGAUCAUCCAAUCUUAUUUUGGUUUAAAAGUAUCCCAAUACAAUUACUGAUGCCGAUUCUCAAACAAGACAUGUAACCAUAAUCGAUCGUAGAUUAGAUUUCAAGAUUAUUCUUGGAUUUGUUACCCAUGUUCAUUAGAAGUGGCUCAUAUUGCCGGUUAA